AUGGUCUCGCGUGAACGGUUGCCGUCAAGGAUAUCAUCACGGGAGACGAGUGUUGGGUCUUCCAUGAUAACGACGAGGGGUUCAGCUGAAACGACAGCCGAAACCAAAUCAUUACCAUCCAAAGGUUCUGAGAUUCGCGAGGAAUGCUGUGGUGGAAACUGCUCCCCGCCGACCAGACGUUCGAUGUCAAGAACUGCAUUCUGUGCUGUGAGUUGGCCACCGCAAGCAGAGAAAUGCAACCGAGACGUGCAGCUGCUACUCGGCACCAACUUGAGCCUUGGAUUGAUAUUGUAA